AUGACCCCUAAGAAAGUGAUGGUAACUGUUUGGUGGUCUAGCGCUGGUGUAAUUCAUCACAGUUUCUUACCAAACAGCAUGAGCAUUACUGCAGUUGUGAACUGUGAAGAACUAAACACAAUAAUGGGGAAGUUCGCACGUCUCCAACCAGCUUUGGUCAGUCGCUCGGCUCCGCUGCUCCUGCACGACAACGCGCGACCUCAUACUGCACAGCAGAAGGUCUCCAAGUUACAAGAGCUGGGGUUGGAAGUUCUCCGUCAUCCACCGUACUCACCAGAUCUUGCCCCUACAGACUUCCACUUUUUCCAGAAUUUGGAUAACUUUUUGGCGGGAAAAAGAUUCAAUACCCGAGAGGCAGUACAAAAUGCCUUUGAAGAGUUUGUUGCCUCCCAUCCAGCAAAAUUAUUCAAGAAAGGCAUCGUAAGCUACCACUACGUUGGCAAAAAUGCAUUGAUACCAUGGUAUGAGAUUCGUUCAUGGGCGCACCAUGGCCCAAAUAGACGGUUCUUUAAAAUAACGUGA